AUGUCUCAGAAUUCGAUUGCGCCGUCCUCGGAUUCAGCAAAUCGCACCGAGAUCGCGCAUAUCAGUGAAGGCAUGUACCUAAUCUUAACCAGCGCCCAGCUAAGCGACGUCCAGUUCGCGAUGGGACACGAUCAUGGUACCAUGAAAAUCUUUCCAGCGCACAGACUCAUCCUGAGUAUCCGCAGUGAUGUGUUCGACACCAUGUUCUACGGAAGCGUACCACAGAACUGCUACAUCUACACCGAUGCCGUGAAGAACUUUUCCCAGGAUAACGUCUUCCAAACGCUAGUCUGCGCGGACAAGUACGACUUGCCAUUGUUGAUCGCCAUGUGCGUUGAGUUUGCCCUGAAGGAUUUGAAAAUCCCGAACUGUCUAGAUAUGCCGGAUAGUGCGGUUCUUUAUGCAAGUGUUGCGCCAAGUAUCUUGGAGAAAUGUUUGUGCCUAAUUGAUGAAUCACCUAAAACAGUGUGGGAGCUGGAGCAGUUCAGUGCGAUUGGACUCGAAGCUCUCCGCAUGAUUCUCCAACGGGAUACGCUGACCGCGAGUGAGGACACGAUUUAUUCGUCGGUUGAGAAGUGGGCUACAGACAUGUGCAAGACUGGUUUACUGCUGCAAUCGGAAGCAUGGGACAUCUGCCAGUACAAAUACGCCGACAGCAAACCAGAGCUGCCAUUUUCUACGGAGCCACGUCAAAAUGUGCGCGCUGAGGGAUUCGUUAAUUUUACGAUUCCGGAUUUGAGGGAGCUCACUGAGAAGAGCAUGUACAGCGAUCCCAUUGCAGUGAAGAAGCUGCUGUGGCGCAUCGGCGUGGCCAAAAGCACUAAAAACGGAUAUCCGACUCUGGGUUUCUACCUCGGAUGUUUGGGCGAUUCAGAGUCUGAUUCUUGGAAGUAA